AUGAUUUUGGCUAAGAGUACUCAGACCAGCAAACAUCACGUAGUUCCGGGUACUUAUCUCGUUGUUGCACCAGCUGUCGUACGGCCAGGUCUGCCGUACGCGGUUUCGUUCAACAUUCUGAAGAGCCCUGAAGAAGAUCAUAUUGUUCGAGUUCAAAUACGAACAGACCAAAAUGAUACGGUCGCCACGAGGGUUGUCAAGAACGUACGGCAAGGGAUUCCACAGACUGUCACUAUUGACACGAUAGCUGCAGAUUUGUCGCCUAACAUGAAUUAUAAGGUGUAUGUACGAGGAGAAACUCUUAGUUCGAAUGUGUUAUUUGAAGAGGAAAAAUCCGUUCAAUACAACCAAAAGAGUCUUUCGAUAUUUGUACAAACCGACAAAGCUAUUUAUAAACCAGGUUCAGUUGGUGAGUUUCGAACACACACAUUCUGA